GAGAGAAAGAGAGACAGAGAGAGAGAGGACUGUUAUUUUACCAUAAAUGAGGGCAAAUGGGAAAACAGGAAAAGAAUACUUGAGUAGGGAGAGCAUCGAUUUUCUGGGAAACUUCUGGAUCUAGUUUUAACCGUUGGAUGAUGAAUGGUGAUCAGAGGACAUCCAACGGCCGAAACCAACGCACCUCAGUCCGAACAACCCCACCGCUGUGGCCAUCUCUUCGAUUUUCUGCAGAUGCCACCGACGCGAGCACCUCGCCCUCCGGCAAUUCUCUUCCUCUGACUCCCGGCCAACAAUACGAAAAAUGAAGCAGAGAACGUGGCCGGCCAGAUCGGAGGCCUCCCGUUUCGCGGCCUUUCCUCUUGAGAACGUCAAUGAGAAGAAGGAGGGCGAGCUCCGCCACUUAGGGUUUCGUUCCAAACACCACAGCUCCACCAGAGAGGCGAAGUGCAUCCUGUUCCGAUCGAGAUCAUCGUCAUCGUCUUCGUCUUCGUCGCACUCAUUGGACGGUCGCGAUUUCUCGGCCCUUCCGUACGACGUGCUGGUGAAGAUCGCGGCUUCUUUCACGCUCCCGAACCUGCAGGCGGCGUCCUUGGUGUGCCGAGCGUGGAGGGAUGCGCUUCAGCCGCUGAGGGAGGCGAUGCUGCUUCUGCGUUGGGGGAAGAGGUUUAAGCACGGCCGAGAUGGGGUUCGCGCCAAUUUGAACAAAGCUUUGGACUCCUUCUUGAAAGGUGCGGCUCGAGGGUCUACUUUGGCUAUGGUGGAUGCGGGUCUAGUUUAUUGGGAGAUGGGGAAGAAGGUGGAGGGGAUUGCUUUGUAUAAGAAAGCCGCCGAGCUCGGUGAUCCCGCUGGGCAAUGUAAUUUGGGCAUUGCUUACUUGCAAGCUGAACCUCCAAGUCCGAAGGAGGCUGUUAAGUGGUUGUAUCGAGCUUCCAUUGCUGGCCAUGUCCGUGCUCAGUACCAACUUGCACUUUGUAUCCAUCAAGGCCGUGGGUUGGAUCGCGAUCUAACAGAAGCUGCUAGAUGGUAUCUGAGAGCUGCAGAAGGUGGGUAUGUGCGAGCUAUGUAUAAUACUUCAUUGUGCUACUCAUUAGGAGAAGGUCUGGUGCAUAGUCAUAGACAAGCGAAGAAAUGGAUGAAGCGGGCAGCUGAUCAUGGUCAUAGUAAAGCUCAAUUCGAGCAUGGACUUGGUCUCUUCUCUGAAGGAGAGAUGAUGAAAGCUGUAGUGUACUUGGAGCUAGCUACACGUGCAGGCGAGACAGCUGCAGCUCGCGUGAAAAAUGUAAUUCUGCAGCAAUUGUCAUCGAAUGCUCAUGAUCGAGUAAUGCAUCUUGUUGACACAUGGCGUUCAUUGCCUUCAUCUCACUGAAUUCCAUCGGCUCCGUCAUAUGUUUACACUUAUGGCUUUGGAGGUUGCAUUUGUUUGCUGAUGAGAAAAAUGCAAGGAAAAUGGGAGUGGGAGUGGGAGUGAAAAUGUGAGGAGGAUAAGGUGAGCCAUGGGACUUACAUUACAUGUAUCCCACUAUACAUUCUUAUUUCCAUUCCAUUUUUAUACCGACAUGCUCCCAAGUGCAUCCGUAGACUAUGGUUCUUAAGCCCCUUUUAUGUAUGAUAUGAUAGCUACCACUGUAUGCAGUUGUCAUGGUUAACAAGAUGAGGUCAUCUGGAAUUCUCCUCUAACACGUCUUUCAUGAUCUUUGGGUGGCAGAUACAUGUGUUUGCCAAGUUGAGAUACUAAGUCUAGGUUGCUGGUUGGUUUUGUUUCUUCUUUAGUACCCAAAAAGAAAGUCAUGUAAACUAUAUGCUUUCAAGGAUUAUAUGCAUAUAAAAUUAGACACUUACUGUGUUGAGCAAUGAAAAUGAUGAGUUGGUACACCCUUGUUUAA